AUGGAAAAGAUUUUUUCUUCCUGCCCUGUUCUUGAAUGUUUUACUAUAGAUGGACUUCUUGGAUUCAAUGAUGUUUUGAAUUUCAACAUCUCUGUACCUCAACUAAAGACGUUGAGAUUGGAAUUCAACCUAAGCUGUUUGGGUCAAAAUAGUAAGCACACUUUUUUUAUAAAUUGCCCAAAGCUUGAAAGCCUUGAUAUCAAGCAGGAUAUUUUGUCAAAUUAUUCAUUCGAGAACGUAAAAUCUUUGGUCAAAGCAAAUGUCAAUCUCUGGUGCCAUUAUGUGCGUCACCAGCGUGCCUUUUCUAACAGAGCAACUGCGCUUCUGGCCUUAUUUUCCAAUGGUGGCUGUCUGCCUGCAUUUGAUAAUUUGAGUGAAUUGAAGCUGGUUCUUCAUGAUUGCUAUCACUGGGAUUUGCUAACAGAGCUGCUCAAGAGAUCACCUAAUCUGGAAUAUCUUGUCGUGGAACAUAAAGAAGACAUAUCAUGUUUUAAGGAUUACAUAAUGCACGAAAACUACUUGAAAUAUGUCUUAUACUCAGAGCAUCGAUGGAGAAAACCAGAAUCUGUGCCUGUUUGUCUGAUAUCACACCUCAAGACUAUCACGAUAAGGGGAUACAAGGGAUACCCGCAUGAGAAGAAAGUGGCUAAGUAUUUGUUAAAGAAGGGUCAAGUUUUGAGUAAGAUUACUAUUUGUAAUGGCUUAUCCAAAGAUUUUGCAAUGUCUCGAAGGGCUUCAAAGGCUUGUCAACUUGAAUUUAUCUGA